GCGUGAUUAAUAGCGUCUGCAUUAUUAUUCGCUUGAUUGUUGGAACAUCGGCAGCGAAACAUCACAACGGCGACAUGAAGUUGGCUCUCCUCGCUGUUGGUGUCAUUGCCAGCUUAGCAGUGGCCACAGCUUCGAAUAACAGAGCUCUCCAGGGUCGCCCUCAUAUUCUAGAGGCUACGCCUGAAAUCCCUUCCGUAGCCCCUGAAGCCAGCUUUGGAUCUGUAAACGGGGCAGGAAUCGACUCUGCAGCCAGCGCCCUCAAAAGGUCAACUCUCUUCAAUGACGAUCUCGCUACCGCUGAGGCCAUUGGCACCGGUCUCGGUAUUAGCGCUGGCUCUAGCCCCUUCGGUGAAUUCGGCUACAAUUCUGCCAUAGGCAGCCUCACACAUGGUGGAUCGCUUGGUCUCAUUGGUGUACUCGGACAAGGUGGCCUCGGCGGGCUUGGCUACGGCGCUGGCCUGGAAACCAUCCACGGGUCUCUCUUGGGAUCCGGUGGUAUUGGAAUUCUUCAAGGAAGCAGCGGCCGCAGCCUGCGCUUGGGAGGAGAUGGCGAUGGCGUUGGAUAUAGCAGCACUAAGACAUACAACAACAACUACAACUACGCCUCCGAUGACCCCUCCAUCGGAGCAAAAAAAAAUUGACGGUGUUUCAUAAGCGGGCAUUAUUGCUUUUCACGUGUUGUUUGAUUUAAAUUCUUGAUAAACAUAGACAUUUUCAGAAAUAAAAAAAAAACUGCUCUCGUUAAGCAACCGCA